GAGAAGUCCACCAUGAAGAUUGGGAAACCGUCCAUGGCCGCAGGUUCAGCGUUGGAUGGCCCGCCGAUUGCAGCAACGCCUGAGCCGAAGAAGUCCAGGAGCAAGGGAGGAGACAAGUCCGACACGAAGACGGAGAUCGUGUUCGUCAGGCCUGCGAUGUCUGGGCCGACUUCUGAGACCCCGCCCCGCUGUGAGCUCUGCGGCAUCACCGAGGACAACAAAAAGAUGCAUAUCUACAGCACUACGAAGGAGCGCCAGUUCUCUGUCAUGACAAAGGUGCGUGAUGAGAUGAUCAAGCGCAAGUUCACGAAAAAGCAGGUGCUCGCGAUGCGCGAUGACCUGCUGGCGUCCGAUCCCGAUUAAGCCCGCACCUGAGAUUGCUACUCUUUUGACUGUGCUGCCCUGGUUCAGUGCACUUUUCGCGCCCUUGCUCAGAUUUGGGUGCGCCAUGGGGCUUGCCGUCUUUGAUGCAGCUCUUUGUGCACCUCUCUUUCAUGCUAUAUGCAUUGUCACGGUUGGGUUCUCU